GGACUUUCUUGCUGAUGGAACUUCUUCCUCUCCCGAAGCAAUUAAUUAUCAGUGUGGGUGUUGUGUCAGUCAUGGUAAAUUGAAUUACCUCUGAGCCAAUACAAGUUGAGUAAAAUCAUACAAUAGAAUUCUUCGCAAGAUCUCCCCUUUUUUGAUGCACACUAUCCUUCAGAAGGGUUUGGCCAUAGGACACAAGUUGGCAUGGCUGAAGCUGUCCAUUACAUCCACCUCCAGAACUUCAGCAAAUCCCUCCUGGAGACCCUGAACGGGCAGCGGCUGGGGGGCCAUUUCUGUGAUGUGACGGUGCAUAUCCAAGAGGCCACUCUCCGUGCCCACCGAUGCGUGCUGGCCGCCGGCAGCCCUUUCUUCCACGAUAAACUACUCCUGGGCUACUCGGAGAUCGAGGUGCCGCCGGUGGUGCCUAGCCAGGUGGUACGCCAGCUUGUGGAAUUCAUGUACAGCGGUUCACUGGUGGUCGCCCAAUCCGAGGCUCUACAGAUCCUCACGGCGGCCUCCAUCCUCCAGAUCAAGACCGUCAUCGACGAAUGCACCCAGAUCAUCUCCCAGAGCCGCAGCCCCAAGCCCCCCACGGCCCCUCCGCCCGUUUCCCUCUCUAUCCCUAGGACUCUCCCUGCCAAGCCUCAAGAGCAGCUGACCUCCAAAGAGGCCAUUGCCAGUGUCUCACGACCUAGUGACAUCGAGGCUGCCCACCUCGAAGCUCCCAAGUUGCUUUGUGCCUCGGAGGUGCGUUAUAAGUUGCGGGACCUGCUCUCUUCUCAACACAGGGAGGCAAGGGGAGCCGCUUGCGAAGGGGGCAUCAGUGAUGGGGAAGCUGGAGGGGCUUAUUUGCACCCAGCAGAGGCAACACCCAGCUGCCAUAGCCGCAAGCAGCGCCAGCCGGUGAGGCUCCAGUUGUCUGAGGCCAUACCCGUCAUCAUCAAGGACGAAGAGGAAGCGGGCAGGGAAGGCAGGGAAGGUGUGGUGGCAUCUACUGCCACUUCAGAACCAGAGGGCAAAUUGAGCUGCUUUGCCGAGUGUAGUGGGAGCACUAACUUCCCUGCUGGGUUUCCUGAUGAGACAGAUUCAAAGAAUGCCGGGAACACCAGUGGAGCUAACCGGAAGGAGAGCAUCCACAUGGAUUAUGCCACUGCAGAGGGCCAGGAUUUCUUUGGGAACCAGGAUGUUUUUUCAGAGUCCUUCAUCCCAUCCUGGCAGGGAGAAGAAAGCAACGAAGAGGCCACGGCUUCUGUCACCCGAGACAGGGAGAAGUUCCACUCGGAUUGCGGUUUGGAGAUCUCCAACUUGAGAAGCUUGGCAGGGGAGUUCAAGCCAGAUUUGGGCGGACCCUCCUCGGCAUUCCCACCACGCAGUACUAACAGUGGUGGGGGGUUGGCAUUUGUCUCCUCGCUGGGUAUCCAGAGGGAGCUUAAACCCGAAGUCAGCAGUGCCAACGCAGCCACCAGCACCACCAGCAUCUUCCAGUUUCAUCUGCCCCAGCCUACUGGGGUGGCUCAGAGCUUCUACAGUAUCCAGCAGCAACCACAGCAGCAGGAUGCAAGUGGCAGUAACAUGGUGCAGCUUGGCCCCAGCAAUAUGGGCUCAGGUGCCAUGCACGGUGGAGAGCAGCAGAAUCAACAGCCAGGUCCCUCGCGGUGCUCUGAACCUUCUUACCAAUGCAGCCAUUGCCAGAAAACCUUCAGCUCCCGCAAAAACUACACCAAACAUAUGUUCAUCCAUUCCGGUGAGAAGCCCCACCAGUGCAGCAUCUGCUGGCGCUCAUUUUCCCUGAGAGACUACCUGCUCAAGCACAUGGUGACCCAUACAGGGGUGCGUGCCUUCCAGUGCUCCAUUUGCUGCAAGCGCUUCACUCAAAAGAGUUCCCUCAAUGUCCACAUGCGCACCCACCGCCCCGAACGCUUUCAAUGCUGCAUCUGCAACAAGUACUUCUCCCACCGCACCUUGCUGGAGCGCCACAUGACCACCCAUACUGCCUGGAAAGGUGGGCAACCUGAGGUCCCAGGGGCCAUGGCACCAGCCACUUCUUCUGCUGACUGGAAGGAGAAGCCUAACGUUGCUGGUACUGUGCCGGCCAUCGAAGGCACUGUUGCCGGCACCACUGCAGCAUGGAAGACUGGGGAGCCAUCGGCCGAGAGUGCCAUUGUUGCUUGGAAAGCUGGAGAUCCGGCCCCUGGGGAUGGCAACCUCGUGGGUUGGAAGGGGGAGGCGACAGGAGAAGGGUCGGUUGCAGCCUGGAAAGGGGAUCCAGCUUCAGAGGCGUCCAUGCAGCCUCACACAGCAUAGGACACUGGGAAGUAAGAGGUUGUGAUCUAUUUGACAAAGGUGCCAUGACAGCCUGCACUCCAGCCUGGAAUUGUUUCAUUUAGAGGCUGUUCCACUGCAGCAUUCUGUGGCUUGGAACACUCUCUUAUCCAAGACUUCUACUCCUAUGGGGCAGAUAUUUGAGUCUCCAUAUGGAGAGAAAAAACAGGAUAUAAAUAAACAUAAUAAUAAAAUAAUAAUAAUUCAGAGGCUGCUGUGUAAGCGAGGCAACCAGUAGGUUCAAAUGUGAAGCAUGGAAGUGUCAUGCAUCUGGGAUGUACGAGGGGCAUUCAUUAAAUAUUUCCCCUGACCCACUUCUAUUUAUCACAGGAUGCUGAAACUGCACAUGGGUAAUGGUAUAAGUAUCUGUUUUACAGGUGCUGAAGUGGUGUGAGGUUUGAUAAUGGACCCAGUGGAAUACAGAGUAGUCAUCAAGUUCCUUUACUUGAAAGGCUGUGCAACAAAGGAGACGUUUGAUGACAUGAAAGAGGUUUAUGGUGAUGAUUCUCCAUCAUAUGAUGUAAUCAAGAACUGGCAUCGUCAAUUUAAAUGUGGUCAGAUGUCAGUGGAAACAGACAACUCUGCAUCUGUAUGCUUGCCCACUAUGCCCUGCUUCAUGUACAGAGGAACAACUGUUGGAGGCUACAGACAAUACAUUUCUGUUGCCCAUUUUUGGUCAAAAGAUAUUUAGCCACUUGUGCUCAUUCUGUUUUUAUCUGCUUUAUCCUAAUUUAUGCAAUGCUUUUGAUACAAAAUAAAUAAGUGGAAACAGCUCCAAUUCCAGGGCGACCCCACUCUGCUAUUGAUGAACACACCAUCCAGCAAGUGGGGGGGUCGCCAUUUUGGAAAAUCGCUGUGUAACCAUUCGCUACCUAGCCCAAAAUGUCAGGAUUACUGUGGGGUUUGUGGAAAAAAUCAUCCAAGACCAUCUUCACAUACAUAAGAUAUCUGCUCGUUGGGUCCCCCGGCUGCUCACAGUUUUCCAGAAGCAGGAACGAGUCGAAUGCUCUCAGGCUCUAUUGAUGAUGUGCCAUGGAAACCAGGAGGACUUUUUCAACAGACUGAUCACACAGGAUGAAAGCUGGGUCCAUCACUAUAAUCCUGAGACUAAAGUCCAGUCAUUGCAAUGGAAGCAUCAUGACUCACCACCUCCAAAGAAAGCACGUGUCCAACUCUCUGCAGGCAAGGUCAUGCUCACAGUAUUUUGGGGCCAGCAUGGAGUAGUAUGGAUGGAUUUCCUAGCAAAGGGUACCAUGAUCACUGGGGCAUACUAUGCUUCACUGCUGCAGAAAUUGCAGGAGGGCAUCAAAACCAAGAGAUGUGGUAUGCUCACCAAAGGUGUCUGCCUUCUGCAAGACUGCACCAGUUCACAACUCAUAUGUUGCCCAAAUGGAAGCAUACGCCUGUGACUUUGAAAUUCUACCAUAUCCCCCUUAUUCACCCAACCUCUCACCAUCGAGCUUCCACAUCUUUCCAACAAUAAAGUUACUAUUGAGGGGCAAGCAUUUUUCAGAUGAGAAGACUCUGAUUUCCAAAGUCACUACAUGGCUUUUGGAGCAACCUGUUAUCUUCUACAAGUGAGGUGCUCACAGUUGCUUAAAAAGAUGGGAAAAGUGUGUGUCUUGGGUGGCACCUAUGUUUGCAACAGCAUCCCUAGCCUGCCUGAAAUGUAGUGGUAGAACAUGCUUUGCUUGGAUAAAGUAACAGAUUGCGCUGUUUACCUUUCCAGCUAAAGGAUCCUCCAUUAAUGCUGUACUGAGAAGGAACUUUCUGAGUUUUGGACAAUGCUGGGUACAUGAACCAGUGGUCCAACAUGAAUAAUAGCCACAGUACAACUUGUUGGGAGGAACCAGCAGGAGAAAGCUGUUACUUUGAUGAUCUUGUUCCCAGUGGCAUUGGGCUGAUCUCUUUAGGAAAGUUCGUGCAAACUAUGAUCUAACAGAGCUGCUCUUGGGUUCAGUUACAAGAAACUGGAAAUGCACAUUCUUUACUGCCAUAUAAAAAUAAUAAUCGAGUGGGCAGCCUUGGGUAUAUUAUUCUUAUGACCUCUGGCGGCCUUCCCCAAGACUACCGGCCUCUGUCUGUGUUGUCUGCAACUCCUAAUACAUUUAGAUGUUACCAGGGAAAACUGGCUUAAUAGUAUUACGCUUAGAUUAUGAGGCUUCUGAAAAAAGGGGGUGAGGUGGUGGACCUUAAUGAUAUUGUCCGAGCCUUUUCCUACUGUUUAACCAUUCUCUACAGGAAAUAAAACUGUAUGUGUUUGUAUUCCUUAACUACAGAAAUGUAUAGCAUUUGAUGGAAUUUUGGAGGAUGAUCAUAACUCUUAUGUAUUUGUAUUACAUGUUUAUUAUUACAGAUUCAACCUCUGGUUAUAACAAUAUUUGGCAAUCUGUUGCAUGAAAGAUGUCUCCUUGCUGGAGUACCUCUGAUAGUCACAACAGCUUGAAAAAGUUACUUUUUCGGACUGCACCGUCAAA